AUGACGAAUUUCAACAUCCAGAUCAUUUCCGACACCAUCUGUCCGUGGUGCUACGUCGGGUACCGCCGCCUCUCGCGCGCCAUCCUCGCCCACCAAGGCCAACACCCCACCGACACAUUCACCCUCGACUGGCACGCCUUCUACCUCAACCCUUCCUCCCCCGAAUACCCCGGCGUCAACAAGGCGCAAGCCUACGGGCUGAAAUUCGGCCACGAGCGCACAGCCGCCAUCUUCGCACGUCUCGCCGCCGUCGGCGAGGGCGAAGGCAUCAAGUUCAAUUUCGGCGGCAACACGGGCAAGACGCGCGAUUCGCACCGCUUGCUCUGGUACGCGGGCCAAUUGGAGCAUGCGAAGCGGGGGACGGGGACGGGGACGGGGACGGAGGGCGCCACGGCGGUGAUUGGGGGUGUGCAGUCGCGGGUGGCGGAGAAGUUGUUCCGGGCGUAUUUUGAGGAUGAGAAGAAUAUCACGGAUCCGGCGGUCUUGCUGGAGGCGGGUGUGGAGGCUGGGUUGGAUGAGGGUGCGGUGAAGAAGUUGUUGGGUUCGGAUGAGGGGGGUGCGCAGGUGGAUGCUGAGGCCAAGAUGGCGUCGAUGCGGUUGGUCACUGGGGUGCCGUACUUUACGAUCCAAGGCAAGUAUGCAGUGGAGGGGGCGGAUGCGCCGGAGACCUUCUUGGAGGUGUUUGAGCGGGUGAAGGAGGAUGAGAAGGCUUGA